UGCUUCGUGUUUGAGCUGAUAUUUCAGUCACCAUGUGUUCAGUUCAGCAGCUGAGGGAUUUUAUCAGAGAGAGACUAACUGCUGCUGCGGAGGAAAUCUUCACUCAGGUCGAAAAAACCAUCAUUAGCUACGAGGAGGAGAUUAAAGUUCUGGAAACCUGCAGGAAUGAAGCUCAGAUAAAAACAACCGAUCCGGACCGAGAUGAACCAGAACCUCUGCAGAUUCAACAGGAGGAACCAGAACUCCCACUGAUUGAAGUGGGCCUGGAAGAACUUGGACCAACCGAACGAGACCAGAAGGAACCGGUACCUGGAGGAACCACAGGAGAGAUGACACAACCAGAACCAGCGCAGAUUAAAGAUGAACUUACAGAACCACAGCGGCUGGCCGACCCGGUGUCCAACAGCCAGGAGGGACAGCGGCUGGAACUGAAGGAGGAGACGUCUGUGGACCUGCUGGGUUACCAGCAAACUGAAGCAGAACCAACCGCUGAGCAGCUUUGUUAUGGUUCUGAACCUCAGACCCAAAGCUCAGAAGGAAACGUCUCCACUGUGUCCCAGAGUUUGUCUCUUAGAAACUGUGAAAAAGUCUUUAACUCCAGAAACAAUCUGGAUCAGCAUCGCAGAACUCACACAGGCGAGCGGCCAUUUUCCUGUCCAACAUGUGGGAAGAGUUUGUCCAAAAGCAGCAAAUUGAAGGUCCACAUGAGAUCCCACACAGGAGAGAGGCCUUUCAUCUGCAGCAUCUGCGGCAAAGCUUUGAGUUCAAACAGACAUCUGACCGAUCACAUGGUCACCCACUCCAGCCGGAGGCCCUUCGGUUGCUCAGUGUGUGGAAAAACGUUUUGUCAUGAGAGUUCCUUCCAGUACCACAUGAAAGGCCACAACGGAGACAAGCCGCAUUCUUGUGACACGUGUGGAAAAAGGUUUAUUCUCAGUUCCAGUCUGCUGAGGCACAUGAGAACCCACACAGGAGAGAGGCCUUUCUGCUGCGCCACAUGUGGGAAACGGUUCGCUCAGAGCAGCAACCUGGGUGUUCACAGGAGGAUCCACACGGGAGAGAAGCCGUACUCCUGCCCAACGUGUGCAGAGAGUUUCUGUCGUAGAGCAGGUCUGCUCAGGCACAUGCAGACCCACAAGACCGGCUGAAAACCCAACAACAUUUCUCCUAAAGUGGAUUUAUUUCACAGUCAAUCGACAGCUUUUGGUUCCUGCUGCUCAAAGUCACAUUACAAAUCACCAAACUCUGGAAGAGGUUCUCCCAUUUAUCCUGCACAACUGUAAAAACAAGAUUUUAGUCUCAGAAGAGGAAAUAUUUCAGAUUUGGGUUCGUUUGAGAUUUGAACCAACAGGGGAAACAAACUGAUCCGUUUAAAGCAGAGCAAACUGACCAGGUGUGAAUACACCUUUAAGGUUUUAAAGACAACAGGUGACGCAAUAUAAGAAUCAUUAACUAGAGUCUGUUUUCUGCCGCACUGUUCAGUGCAUAUCUCACCCUGGCUUAAUUAAAUAUCAUAUUGACAGCAGUCAGAGUGGGCCAUGCUUACUGAGCACCAGCAGCUCCUGCUGGUCCAGAGGUCAGAACUGCUGUCAGCAGGAACUCAAGGAUGUAGGGCAGCAGCCAGACAAACAGCUGGCAGACAGCUGGCAAACAGCUGGCAGACAGCUGGCAAACAGCUGGCAAACAGCUGGCAGACAGCUGGCAAACAGCUGGCAGACAGCUGGCAAACAGCUGGCAAACAGCUGGCAAACAGCUGGCAGAUCCUUACAUAAAACUCUGGAGUUUAAAAUAAGGAAGAUAUUGGGUCACAUUCAGAAGGACAGGAGCUGAUCUCUGAUCUUCCUGCAGUUUGUGUUUAAAUCUGUCAGAGGUUAAAUGAACACUGAAAUAUUAUUUCUGACUCGGUUCUUAACUCCAGCUGUUGGUCCUGAUGAGAAAUCAGCUGAUUGGAAACACAAACCGCUGCUUGUUUCAAAUAAUAAUAUUUAGAAUAGAAAUGCAGAGCAGGAUGUUCCUCAUCACUGGUUCCUCCCUCCUUAUGUUUCAUAUCCAGAAAUAAAACAUUCGUAAACAGCCUUUAGUUUCUGCAGUUGAAUCAUUAAUUCUGAGGAUGAAUAAUAAUCUGUUAUAAUCAGAAAACUCCUUUUCACACCCAUUUUCCUUUAGUUUGGCUCAAAUAAAACAGAUUAUGACCUUUGAUCAAAUAUGGCUCAGUGACCUGCUGCUGGCAGAUACAUCAUAUAAUAAAGGUAUGAAAGGGUGAAAUGAUCUCCUUCCACUCAGCAGGUGGAUCUGAUCUGCAACAAAUAGAAAGAUACAGAAAACACCUUCAGCCCUCUGUAAAGUAAGGUGGAGGUUCUGUAGUGCUGUGGGCCUGUUCCUCUGCCUGGUUAGAUUCAUUUAUUGUGAUCUCUGCAGUAUAACUACAACACGGAUCUGAAAACUGCUUCUGGAUGCUAUGAAUGACUGAUAUAUUUAAUAUCUUUCCUACUUGAAUAAAUGAAAAUGUAUUUUGCUAAAUGAUCAGGUGAUCAUGUUGGUGGCUUCCAGCCUCUUGGUUGGAGAUCUGAUGAUUUUUGUAUCCAACAAUUGUUGCAUCAACAUUGAUUUGUUUUGACAUUAAUUGCUGUUUUUUACUUGACAUUUUGCUUUAAUAAUCUCAUAAAUGUUCCACUGAAUCCUCA